AUGGGGUAUGGAGAUCAGACCUCUGUUCAGGAGGUCAUCAGGGAGUUUGUUGAGAGUCAAGUACAGAAUGGGCUCACUGGACCUUCAGGGUAUGUCACAGAUGGGCCUGGGAAUUACAAAUACAAGACAAAGUGCACGUGGCUCAUUGAAGGAAGGCCAAACACAAUCCUGAGGCUUCGAUUCAAUCACUUUGCCACAGAGUGUAGUUGGGACCACUUGUAUGUGUAUGAUGGAGACUCAAUCUAUGCUCCCUUACUGGCAGCUUUUAGUGGACUUAUUGUUCCUGAGAAGGACAGCAAUGAAACAGUCCCUGAAGUUGUAGCUACUUCUGGAUAUGCUCUUCUACAUUUCUUCAGUGAUGCUGCCUAUAACCUCACAGGGUUUAACAUCACCUAUAAUUUCAAUACGUGUCCCAAUAAUUGCUCUGGCCAAGGGGAGUGCAAGCUCAACAGCAGCACCAAUGCUCUGGAAUGUGAAUGUGACAAACGCUGGAAGGGAGAAGCUUGUGACAUUCCCUACUGCACAGAGAACUGUGGAGCACCUGAGAGAGGCCACUGCGACUUCAAUGGCUCUAAGGCCUGUGUGUGCUCCGCAGGCUGGCAAGGUCCUGGCUGUUCAAUUCCUGUUCCUGCAAACCAGUCAUUCUGGACCCGGGAGGAAUACUCCUUUCCAAAACUUCCUAGGGCAUCUCACAAAACCGUCAUCCAUGACAAUAAGAUGUGGAUUGUUGGAGGCUAUGUCUUCAAUCAUUCUGACUCUCAGAAGGUUUUAGCGUAUGAUCUUAUUUCUGAAGAGUGGCUUCCCCUGAACAGCUCUGUGAACUCAGUAGAGAUGAGAUAUGGUCAUUCCUUGGCAUUGCACAAGGAUAACAUCUACAUGUAUGGUGGGAAGAUAGAUGCGACAGGAAAUGUGAGCAGCCAGCUGUGGGUCUUCCACAUUUCCAACCAGACCUGGGCCCAGGUGACUCCCAAAGCCAAGGAGCAGUAUGCUGUGGUUGGCCACUCAGCACACAUUGUCACCCUGCGAGACAACAGCACAGUCAUGCUUGUGAUUUUUGGGCACUGUCCUCUUUAUGGGUACAUCAGCAAUGUCCAGGAGUACAACUUGGUGACAAAUACCUGGAACAUUUUACAGACAAGUGGAGCUUUGGUGCAAGGAGGGUAUGGGCACAGCAGUGUUUAUGAUCCAAAUACAAGAUCAAUUUAUGUCCAUGGAGGUUACAAAGCAUUCAGUGCCAACAAGUACAGGCUGGCAGAUGACUUGUACAAAUAUGAAGUUGAUUCCCGUAUGUGGACUAUCCUGAAAGACAGCCGAUUUUUUCGCUACUUGCACACGGCUGUGAUCAUGAGUGGGACCAUGUUGGUGUUUGGAGGAAACACCCACAACGACACCUCCAUGAGCCAUGGAGCCAAAUGCUUCUCAUCUGAUUUUAUGGCCUAUGAUAUUGCUUGUGACCGAUGGUCUGUGCUGCCUCGCCCUGGGCUCCACCACGAUGUGAACAGGUUUGGACACUCUGCUGUGCUGUACAACAGCACCAUGUAUGUAUUUGGAGGCUUCAACAGCCUCCUCCUGAGUGACAUCCUGAAGUUCACACCUGAGAGAUGUGAGGCCUUUGACAAUGAGACAUCCUGCUGGCGAGCAAGCCCCGGCGUCAGGUGUGUGUGGGAUCCCAACUCUCCCCGCUGCCUCCCCUGGGAAAAUGCGACCUUGGAGCAGCAGCAAAAGGUCUUUGAGGACUGUCCUCCCAAGCCAGUUGUAGACAAUGAAAAAUGUGAUCAGAUUACAGACUGCUACAGCUGCACAGCAAACACCAACAGCUGCCAGUGGUGCACUGACCAGUGUGUCUCAGUACAGAACAACUGCACAGAGGAACAGGUUCCUAUUACUGUCUAUGAGAACUGUCCUAAGGAUAAUCCUGCCUAUUACUGCAACAAAAAGACAAGUUGUAAAAGCUGUGCUAUGGAUCAAAACUGUCAGUGGGAACCCAGGAAUCAGGAGUGCAUUGCUUUGCCAGAAAACAUCUGUGGAACGAACUGGCAUUUGGUUGGCAACUCCUGCCUGAAGAUUACCAAUGCAAAGGAGACCUAUGAUCAUGCCAAACUAUCCUGCAGGUCCAGUGGUGCUUCACUGGCUUCUCUCACCUCCCAGAAGAAGGUGGAGUUUGUUCUGAAGGAGCUGCAGAAGAUGCAGUCUUCGCCCAAAACUUUGACUCCAUGGGUUGGACUGAGGAAAAUCAACGUGUCCUAUUGGUGCUGGGAAGAUAUGUCUCCCUUCACCAACACCUCCCUCCAGUGGCUUCCUGGUGAACCAAGUGAUGCUGGAUUUUGUGGGUAUUUAGCUGAGCCUUCCCAACAGGGACUGAAGGCAGCAACAUGCAUCAAUGAGGUCAACGGCAGCGUCUGCGAAAGGCCAGCCAACCACAGCGCCAAGCAGUGCCGCACGCCCUGCGCCCUGCGCACCAUGUGUGGGGAGUGCACCAGUGGCAGCUCUGAGUGCAUGUGGUGCAGCAACAUGAAGCAGUGUGUUGACUCCAAUGCCUACGUGGCCUCGUUCCCCUAUGGACAGUGCAUGGAGUGGUACACCAUGAGCAGCUGUCCACCUGAGAACUGCUCAGGCUACUGCACAUGUGCUCACUGCCUGGAGCAGCCUGGCUGUGGGUGGUGCACGGAUCCAAGCAACACUGGGAAGGGGAAGUGCAUUGAAGGCUCCUACCGAGGUCCCAUCAAGAUGCCAACCCCAUCCACGACAGGGAAACACAGCUUGGAGCCAGUCCUGAAUGUCAGCAUGUGUCCUGUGGAGAACAGCUAUAACUGGUCCUUCAUUCAGUGUCCAGCCUGCCAGUGCAAUGGGCACAGCAAGUGUGUAAAUGAGAGCAUCUGUGAGAAGUGUGAGAACCUGACAACUGGCAAACACUGUGAAACCUGUAUCUCAGGCUACUAUGGGGAUCCUACCAACGGGGGAACAUGUCAGCCUUGCAAGUGCAAUGGCCACGCAUCCGUCUGCAACACUAACACCGGGAAAUGCUUCUGCACAACCAAGGGAAUCAAAGGAGAUGAGUGUCAACUGUGUGAAGUCGAAAAUAGAUAUCAGGGAAAUCCACUUAAAGGAACAUGUUACUAUACUCUUCUCAUUGACUAUCAGUUCACCUUCAGCCUGUCCCAGGAGGAUGAUCGCUAUUACACAGCAAUCAACUUUGUAGCAACACCUGAGGAGCAAAACAGAGACCUGGACAUGUUCAUCAAUGCAUCGAAAAACUUCAACCUCAACAUUACUUGGUCCACAAGUUUUGCAGCUGGCACGCAGGCUGGGGAGGAAAUUCCAGUUGUUUCCAAAACCAAUAUAAAGGAAUACAAGGACAGUUUCUCCAAUGAGAAAUUUGACUUCCGCAACAAUCCGAACAUCACAUUCUUCGUCUAUGUCAGCAAUUUCACUUGGCCCAUAAAGAUACAGGCACAGCUCGAGGGCCACCCUCCUUUUCCUUCUGCUGCCCAAAACGGGAGGUACCUGCAGGAUAAGAAGCUCAUUCUUUCCUGUAAUUCAGUGCAGGCAGUUGUCACACUCUGCCUCAGGUGCCAGACUGACUGUGGUGAUAAGUCUGGUGCUGAAGAAGCAGUGGAUGAAGCUUG